AUGGUGUUCCCCACAAUCCACAUAUCAUGUCCCUGUGCCGAUUCGAUCUCUAUCACUCCCAAGCCUGCCAAAAAGAAAUCCCGAUCCCACAAAGCGGCGGAAGAAGAAGAGUCGGAGGAGGAGGAACGGUUUGACCCCAGGUCGGCCAGGAGCAACUUCAGUCUAUUCCCACUCGAAAGCUUGCUUUAUUGCGAGGAUUGCAACCAGAUACGGUGCCCCAGAUGCGUGCAUGAUGAGAUUGUCUGCUACUUCUGUCCGAGCUGUCUCUUCGAGGUCCCCAGCUCCGCCAUCAAGUCUGAUGGGAACCGCUGCACCCGUAACUGCUUCUCCUGCCCCAUCUGUUUUGCCUCUCUCGUCGUCGCCUCCACCCGUGACGACCAAGGCGGCCCAUACGUCCUCCUCUGCCCCCACUGCCACUGGAGCUCCUCCGAGAUUGGCAUUGAGUUCGAAAAACCUACCUCAAUCACUACACAGCUUGCACAGAAGCUCAAGACUGUCUCUACGCCAUCAGUAACCCCUGCGCCAUCAGUACCAUCAGACUCCUACUUUCCUACCAUUAGCAUCACGCCUACGAUAUCCCUCCCGCCCAACGAUGCGCCUCGCGCACCCCCGACAACAGCAGAGAUGUACCAGCGCCUCAAGGUCCAUUACGCCUCUCAGCGCGCCUCUACCGGCACAGACGAGUUUGGCUCAAACGCUCUUUCGCGGCUGAUAGGGCUAUACUCUUCCACCUCUCUCACUGUCGGGGGCCCAAAACCCCGUUCGUUCAGCGGUGGGUCUGGAAUCUCGAAGCCACUGAUCGGACGAGACCGCAAGUCUGAGUGGAGCGAAAUGGAUCACACACUCGAGAUCCAGAACGAGGACGCCACAAUCGCGCAGCUGCGUAAACAAGGCUUUGCCGGCACCACCAGCACCGCGCAGCGACUCAACCAAGGUGUCCCCGGCCCGCUAUUCACGCAGGACGUCCGCCCGCUUGCGGUACUUCUACGGACGAAGCGCUCUAAGCGCUGUAGAGCUUGUCGUCAUAUUCUCGUUAAGCCAGAGAGCAAAGUCACCACCACGCGAUUCCGCAUAAAGCUUGUAGCAAUGAACUAUAUCCCAUCGCUGUCUAUCUCGCGGCUUGAUCCAGGGAGUGUGAAUUACAACUCUCUGACACCGCUAACGACGCACCAGUUCCUGCUCACGGUGACGAACCCACUGUUUGACGCAAUUAAUGUGACACUUGCAACACCACAGCGGACCCCGGGGCGCUUCGGCACCACUGUGACAAUUCUCUGCCCAGACUUUGAGGUCGGCGCCAACAGUGACAUAUGGGACGAAGCGCUCGGGACCGGCGAUGCCGCCACAGGAGGCAAGAACACACGCAAGGGCAAGAAGACCGGUAAUACCGGGACUGUCUGGGACGCAGGCCGCAAUUGGACCACCGUCGUGAUCGAGAUAGUGCCCCCGCUGCUGCCGAGCGAGUAUACGACCGAUGAGGCCGGAGGCAAGGACUCACCGACCGAGGACGAUUACCUGGUACAGGUGCCCGUUUCGGUCAGGGUUGAGUAUGAGACUGAUGUAGAGCGCGAGGACGGCCUCGGAAAGGAGGUCAAGGAGCGUAGGGAGCAUACGUAUUGGAGUGUGCUGGGGCUUGGUAGGAUUGGCAAGUUUGGAGCGCCAACGACGCCGCUGGCAGUAGGGACUGGUGGGCCGGUAGAUCUAUUAGGCGCGCUGGGGCCAAGUGGCGUGGGGCUGGGCAGGUCGAGUACUUAUAACGUUGCGAAAGUGGGGAGCUCGCCGCCGAUUGUGGCCGGGAUGGUGGGGAUGGGUGUUGCGGGUGGACUAGGCAAGAGAAAUUUAAAGUAA